AUGGCAGCACGACGUCCCCUGACAAUACAAGAGAUGGCCAUUGCGCUGGGUAUUGCCACUAUCUCAGACCCGCAAACGAUAAGACAGGCUAAGCUGGAUCCAAUCCAAUUAGAAGAGAAGCUUCGACAACUUUGCGGCUUGUUUGUCUUCACAAACAAUUCGAAGAUCUAUCUCAUCCAUCAAACAGCCAGGGAAUUUCUCAUUAAGAAGAAAAGUUCUAGCUAUCCCAAUUCUGCAUACUGGAACAGCCUGACUCAUGCGGAAAAUCAGAUGGCUGAGAUCUGUUUGAGGUACUUGUUGAUGGAGGAUUUAGAAUACGAUGAAGACAGAUCAGGCUCCCUUACUGGAUGUUUCUUGGAAUAUUCAGCAGCACACUAG